AUGGGCGACCAAGAACUGAUAACGCCCCAGUCUAUGGGUCGCCCCUCCGACGAGGCUCUGAGAGAUGAACCCUCAACCACAGCGGCCGUGGCCACCACACAUCUCCGCGACGAAAAUGUGGCGGACUCGCGGCCCGAGUCUCCUUCAGCUGAGACACCGCCUAGUGACUCUGGGACAAAGCCCACCGUUCCUAUGCAGAAGCGACGACGGGUGACCCGUGCCUGUGAUGAGUGUCGUCGCAAAAAGAUCAAGUGUGAUGGCAAACAGCCCUGUACACAUUGUACCGUGUAUAGCUACGAGUGUACAUAUGAUCAACCUUCUAAUCGAAGACGAAAUCCUGCACCGCAGUAUAUCGAGGCUUUGGAGCAGAGGCUGCAGAAAGCCGAAUCAAUCCUGCGCUCCGUGCUACCGGGACUCGACCUUGACGACCCCAAAUUUGACGCCCGAACCGUUGAACAAUUAAUCGAAGCAAGUCGUGCAAACACACCUGCCACUGCCACUACCACUGCGAAUACCAAUGCCAACGCCAGCGCAAAUGUCAACAUCAACGGCAAUAGCAGUGGAAAUGCAGCUGCGAGACCACCGACCGACCCUCCCAAACCGGAAGACGAUGCUCAACUCCAGUCGAUGGUUGACAGGACCGGCUCACUGGACUUGGAUGAUCAUGGCAAUUGGGAUUUUCAUGGCCAUUCCUCUGGCUACGUCUUCAUGAGAAAGUUUCGUGCGCAGUUUGGCGAAAAGUUCCUAGCAGAAUACCGUCACCCCAGCAAAAACCGCACGAUAGCCCAGGUCCUCGAGUCACCAAAGUCGGCAAACUCAUCACCUAUCGAGUUCAGCCUCUCUCACCACAUUGAUCUGCCGCCUAGAGAGGUGGCCGUUGAGUUGUGUCACAACACCCUGGACGACUGCUGCGCUCUUAUGCGCCCUAUACACCGACCGACUUUCUUCAAGCGACUUCACGCAGUAUACGAUACUGACCCUGAGCAAUAUAACAAUCGUCAUGUUCAAUUCCUGCCUCAACUCUACGUGGUCAUGGCCGUUGGCUGCCUAUUCUCCAAGACCGAGAAUGAGAACACCAUGCUGGACUUGAAAGGCUACAAAGAGGCAAUCGAACAAGGAUAUCAAUACUUUAGUACCGCCAAACAACUGCUCGACAUUACGGAUUGCAGGGAUUUGGUGACGAUCCAAGCCAUCGUCUUCAUGAUACUAUUCUUGCAGUCUUCGGCGAAAUUACCCACUUGCUACGCAUACAUUGGCAUUGCAUUGAGGGCGUGUUGCCGGUUAGGCCUGCACCGCAAUCUUCCCAUCAAUUUCAACCCCAUCGAGUUGGAGGAAAGGAAGCGAAUAUUCUGGUUAGUGCGGAAGCUAGACUGUUACGUGGGUGCUGUACUUGGACUGCCCCAGAUGUUGAGUGACGACGAUAUCGACCAAGAAUUUCCUGCUGAGGUCGACGACGAGUACAUUACCGAGCAGGGCAUCUUACCAAUGCCGGCUGGCACAUUUCCUCUAUUGAGAGCGACUAACGCCCACACAAGACUGACGAUGCUUCUGAGAAAAGUUGUUCGGUAUAUCUACCCACUGAAGACUCCAGGAAAUUCCACGGCCGAACCCGUCUAUAGCAUUAGCCACAAAAAGAUUCGUGAGCUUGAGAGAGAUCUGCAAAACUGGAUGGAUCAAUUGCCGAGCGAGUUGCGACCUUCGGACAAUGCUGGACGGGAGCUUUCCAGAGUCCAACAACAUCUGCGAAUGGGUUACGCUCACGUCCAAAUGAUGGUCUAUCGCCCGUUUAUACAUUAUGUAUCGCAAGCAUGUCAAGCGCGGAACGUGGAUAAGAGGAGCUUCGCGUGUGCCGCGGCAUGUAUCAGUGUUGCAAGGAACAUUGUUCACAUCACCAGCGAGAUGAAGAGGCGAGGCUUAUUGGUAGGCUCCUACUGGUUCGUCAUGUACACGACCUACUUUGCCAUCCUAUCGCUCGUAUUCUUCGUCAUCGAGAACCCAAACAACCCCACAAGCACCGAGAUCCUGAAAGAUGCAAAGGAAGGACGGGACACACUAGCAAGCCUAGCGAAGCGAAGCGCGGCUGCCGAUAGGUGUACUGUCAGCCUGACGGGCCUCUUUGAUGUUCUUCCAGAGAAGUUGAAGGAACGCCGGAGUUCGCUCAACUUUGCUCCAGCGAGCAGUCGCAAGCGCCCCCCACCAGGUGCCGAACCAGGACCACCGACCGAGAGACAAACUGCGCCCGAUGUCACGACCCAGAUGAGCUCUCGAGAACACUCGGCAACGCCCAGCAGAACAAGAACGUUGCCUUCGGAUUAUCUGGCCAAACUGGCCAAGAGAAACUCGCUGCCAGAUCCGGUCAUGUCGAGUUUCUCGGACCAAAUGCAAAGUGCUCAAAUGAUGGGAUUCCACAGUCCCUCGACGUCCUCGCCCAUGUCGCCCAACUAUCAGUACACGCCACAGAUGGGCAAUGCGCAAAUACCAGAUCUAAAGAAUGUCAUGUUCCCCAGCGACAACCCCUUUGCGUACCCUAAUCAACCGAUGAGUGCGCUCGAGUCGGUCGAUGGACAUUAUUCGUUCUCCGAGUCGGGUAUGACGCCCAACGAGGCGAACAUCUUUGGCACACCGAGCGGUGGCAGCCAUCAGAUGCCUCUACCUGCGUCUCAAUUUGGUGGCUACGAGUACCCUUUCCAGCAUGGCUUGAGUGACAACCCCAGCUUAGCGCAGCAAUUCGGCACCCAGACUGGGCGAGAUUUUAACGCGCCUUUCACGGAUAUUCUCAUGCACAACGCACUCGGGACUGACAUGAAUCAUCUGGGGGGUGUGCCAAACACGACAGAAUCAAUGAACCUGGGAGGCGACGCAAGCGCCUCGACGAACCCGGAAGAAUACUGGAAACAGUUGAAUGGAGGGCAGAUGGGUGGCAUAGGAGCCGGGCUGCCACAGGGGGUGCAGGCGAGCAUGGAUUACUUUGGCACCGAGAGUUGGAACUCAGCUUGGGCCGAGCAGCAUUACGGCAACAACACCCAGCAGUGA